AUGACUACCCAAAACACUGAAAAAUAUCCGGCCAACACUGAAUCCGUAGAGCCUGUUGCCCACUUAGCACAAGUAGAGGUAGAUCCAUUAUUGGUAACCUGGAACGGCGAUGAUGAUCCUGAGCACCCUUAUAACUGGUCCCUAACGCGCAAAUGGAUAAUCACCAUCCUCCUCUCGAAUGGGGGCUUGGUGACUCUCAUGUCUGGUGCGAUGCUGGCUCCGGCCCUUAAGAGCAUCGCAGCAGACCUCGAGACAGACGAGGAGGAGGCUCAAAUAUUCCUCUCUAUCUUUGUAUUGGCCUUCGCGUUUGGUCCUAUGGUCCUGUCGCCCCUUGCCGAGGUUUUCGGACGCCGGCCGGUAUGGAUGCUAUCGAGUUGCUUCUACAUCCUGUGGAACACCGUCGCUGGCUUCAGCCAGACGUCAGGUCUCCUCAUUGCGAGCCGCAUUCUUUCGGGUAUUGGGGCUAGUGCCGAGUUCGCUAUUAGCAAUCCUGUUCUAGCAGACACUUGGAUACCUGCAGAACGCGGAACUUCAUUUGCCAUCUCCACAUUUAUUCCUCUUCUAGGACCAGCACUCGGACCUAUUAUAGGAGGUGCUGUCUCGCAAUCAAUUGGGUGGCGGUGGACGUUUUGGAUCCUCUCUAUAUACGAUGGCUUUCUCGUGAUUGUAGCGUUCUUUGUAUUCUCAGAAACAUACGAAGUCAUCUUACUCAAUAGAAGAGCGGCUAAGUUACGAAAAAGUACAGGGAACCCCUACUAUACCGCGACACAAGCUGCGUCUGAGACUUUGAGAAGUAGGCUAUCUGUUUCUCUGACCCGACCUCUGCGACUCCUUAUAACCCAACCUAUUCUACAGGUUGUUGCGAUAUUCCUAGCUUACAAUUUCGGAAUGCUCUAUCUUGUCCUGUCGACAUUUGCAACCCUCUGGAUCGAGCGAUACGGGCAAAGCGAGACACAGAGUGGACUUAACUAUAUCGCUCUUGUCAUCGGCUAUACCAUUGCCGCGCAGGCUGGGGGCAGAGUGAUGGACCGCAUGUGGGCGUACCUAAAGUCCAAGGCCGGUAACAAUACCGCACCGGAAUAUCGCGUGCCACUUAUGAUUCCCGGAGCUGUCCUCAUCCCUCUCGGCUUAUUAAUAUAUGGAUGGACAGCAGAGAAGCAUUUACCCUGGAUAGUCCCUGAUAUUGGCAUUGCCAUUCUCGGUUGCGGUAUCAUCAACAAUACACAGUCAAUGCAGGCGUACGUGAUGGACGCCUAUCGCCAGUAUGUCGCGUCUGCGUCGGCAGCUUCGCAGUUCCUGCGGAGUAUUGCCGGAUUCGCGUUCCCAAUCUUUGCUCCGGCGAUGUAUCAGAACUUAGGGUAUGGUUGGGGUAACAGCGUCCUUGCGCUCACGUUUGUCGUGAUUGGGUGGCCUGCCCCUUUUCUUCUAUGGACAUAUGGUGCUAAGCUGAGGGCAAUGGGAAAGCCACAAAAAUAA